UCUAUAGACUAUAAAGAUUAUUAUUUUUAGUUGAAAUAAAUGUGUUUAAAGAGCUCACAUGAAGGUUUGCUUGGUGGAAAUAAUGAUGAAAGAACUGAUUUGCAAGAGAAGUGAAAAAGUCUAUAAUUUCCUACUAUAUAAAGUGUCCUGUAAAGUGUAAAAUGUUACUGUGGGCAAAAGCUUGUUAUACAGAGACCCGAUCUCAAAUCCUUUCAUCAUUAUUAUUAUUAUUAUUAUUAUUAUUAUUAUUAUUAUUAUAACAACUUAUAGUGGCUAAGAAAUAAGCUGUUGUUCUGCACAAUUUCCGCUAAGGGCGAUAAUGAUCACCUCCUGCACUGCGCCAGCGGCGGACUGAACCAGUGAAGAAGACAUAUGUAAUGCAUGUCUAAAAUAUAUGCAUGUUUUAGUUUCAGUUUAUUACGAUGUCAAAAAUAAAGAGUAUUAUCUGGCCUCAGGUGGUUUUAUUUGGAGACUCGAUUACACAGUUUUCCUUCCAAGUGAAAGGAUGGGGUUCUGAGAUCGCCAACAAACUUGCGAGAAAGUGUGACGUGGUGAACAGAGGAUUGUCUGGAUACAACACUCGAUGGGCCAAACUGGUUGUUCCCCGAUUAAUCCCACAUCAUGGUGAUUCUCGUGCUUCGAUCGCAGCAGUGACUGUGUUCUUCGGUGCCAAUGAUUCUGCCCUGAAAGAUAAGAACCCACAGCAACACGUUCCCUCUGAUGAAUAUUCUGAGAAUCUGAAGGACAUUGUCAGAUAUUUGGCUACAGCUGGCGUACCUAAGGACAAGAUCAUAUUUAUCGCUCCUCCACCGAUACAAGAGGAACUUUGGGAAAAAGAGUGCAUCCUAAAAGGGUGCUCGCUGAAUCGUCUAAACUCUGUGGCUGGACAGUACGCUCAGGUGUGCGUCCAGACGGCUAGACAGUGCGGAGUGGACGUGAUCGACCUCUGGUCCCUCAUGCAAAAAGACGGAGAGGAUUUCUCAGUGUAUCUCUCAGACGGCCUGCACCUCUCUGAAAAGGGCAACCAGUUUGUAGCCGAACACGUGUGGAGACUGUUGGAGAGCAGAGUCGCUGAUUUACCCUUCAUCCUGCCGUACUGGGCUGAUGUAGACUGUAAGAACCCUGAGAACAGCCUGCUGGGUGAUUAGAAGCUGCACUGCAACUAAAUGUCUUUUACGCCAGUUUUUGGUCUGAUUUGCACUUCGGAUUCGUGUUAAUAAAGGCACGAGGUUUACAAAGAA